AUGGGUGAAUCAAACAAACAUAAAACGCUAAAACGUUGUACAUAUAAGAAAAAGCCUGUAAAGGCAGAUGAUAAGAUUGAAAAGACAAUGCCUUCACGUGCCUUCCCUAAAGCAUCAAAAUUGCAAUUUAAAUCCAGCCGAUGUUCUGAAUUAAGAACCAAAGUGGCGCAACUCAAACAUGAGCACGAGACAUUGGAAUUAGAAGUGAGAAGAUGCAGUGUGACGAUGUUACGUGGAAUAUUCUCAACAAGGGAAUGUGCUCCUUUAAAACAAGGCAAGUGCUAUGCUGAAAUUUUACAAAUUUUUGCAACAUUUAUCAGGAUAAAAACGCAGAAAUUUUGUCGUAAUGAAUACAAUUUAACGGGUUUAUGUAAUCGAGCAUCAUGCCCAUUAGCUAACAGUCAAUAUGCUACGGUCCGAGAAGAGAAAGGCAUAUGUUAUUUGUAUAUGAAAGUAAUUGAAAGAAGUCACUAUCCACGAAGACUUUGGGAACGGAUCAAAUUAGCCCGGAACAUGACUCAAGCUGUUAGACAAAUUGAUGAUGCACUGUUACACUGGUCUGAAUAUGUUAGACACAAAUGUAAAGCACGUCUAAUUCGCAUACAUCAGUAUUUGAUCAAAAUGAGGAAAAUGAGGCUUCGAGAAAGACAACAAAAGAUUAUUCCGAUACAACGAAAGAUUGAGAGACGUGAAGUGAGACGAGAAGAGAAGGCACUCAUUGCUGCUAAACUGGAUACAGCUAUAGAAAAGGAGUUAUUGAAUCGUCUACGUGAGGGAAUUUAUGGCGAAAUCUAUAAUUUCAGGCAAGACGCCUUCAAUCAUGUGCUUGAUGAACAGGAAGAGAUAGAUACAGAAUUCGAUCGUGAAAUUGAGAUUGAAGAGGACAAUCAGGUUACGGAAGCCCGCGAGUACGUUGCUGAUUUCGAGGAAUCAUCUGACGAAGAUGGAGAUGGAGAUAUAGAGAAUGCAGGAAUGAAUCAUCAUUGGGACGAGGAAGAGACCAGUGGUGAAGAUAAUGAGAUGACUGAAAAUGAAGAAGAUGAGGAAAGCUCCGUGGAAGAUGAAGAGGAAGAAUUGAGUGAAGAAAAGAAAUCGAUGAGUAUGCAAAAAAAGAAACGAGUAAGGUGGAAGGAUCUGAAGGAUAAACAGCCAAGACAUGAGCCAGUCAAGAAGCGGCUGCGACAGGUACUCGAAAUCGAAUACGAAACCGAGGAAUCAGUUAGGAGUAGAAAAAAGCUAUGA